AUGCUGAUUGACAUGGAGCGCGUCGAAUUCAGAACCCGGCAGGCGAUGAACGCUGAAAGCUACUUCAAGAAACUCGUUUUCAUCGCACUAAACAAGGAGAAACAACCAAGAUAUGCGAACGAAAUGCUUUCUUGGUGGCUCGGUACUGGCGGAAUUCCGGAAAAUUACCUUCAUCACAAGACACAUGAAGAGCAGCCACUCGAGCGCGAUACGGGCAUCGAGUCCAAAUUUCUGAAUGUUAUUCUUCCUCGUCUCUCCAAAAUGGGCGUUCUCAAGAAGCCUACUCAACGAGCGUGGCUGGGCAACUUCGACAAGAGAGAAACGCUUUAUUGGGGCGAUGAUUACGCAGCCGGGCUUACUUACGAUCCUCAGUCUUUCAAAGCUAUUAUUGAAACUGAUGUUACUUCUUACAGUGUUUUGGAGAUUAAAGGAAAUCCAUUUCCAGCGCUGCCAAUUCCACGACCGGACCCAAGAACGCUAGAAAAUCAACUUUUAUCGGCUGCUCGUGGCGAAAACUCAUAUUUAUUUGAAGGCGAAAGACGAAAACAGACUUAUUUACCAAAUUUUCAAGUUGAAUCUUUCAGAUGGUUCAUGUCGUGGCGAUGUGCAGACCCCAAAUUACCUGGAUCAAAGUCCUCCCUCGCCGCCAACGAUCGGCGAAAUCAUGAAGAAAAAGAAAUCCGAGGCGCAAAAAGUCUGAAAGACUCAAAAUCGAAAAAGACAGCUGAGAAAAAGAAGAAGCCGAAGAAAAACAAGAAAGUCGCGAUAAAUGAAGCUCCUAAAUCGCCGUAUCGAGGCCCCUUUGAAGAAAUGGAAGCUCGUAAAUCGCCUCUUCGUGAAAUUCCGCCAGCGAAAGAAGAAGUCAAAGAAGAGCCAAAAGAGGAACCAAAAGAGCAGCCUGAGAAGAAAGAAGCGGCAGCGAAGGAAAUGCCCAAACUUACAAGAAAACCAGAAGUAAAAGUAGAAGAUUCGGCAAGGCGCAAUCUAAACGAUGUUCUCAAGUCUCCAGAACCAAAAGAUGAGAAGAAGAAAGCAAAGAAAACGAAGCCGAAGAGAAAAGUGAAAAAAGAAACCGAUGAAGAUUUCGAAAAGAAGAACACAAUCACACGAAUCACAGAUUUCUUCGAAGUCCGACGAAGCAACCGAAAGACGAGCAAACAGAUCGAAGAUGAGAAGGACGAGCUCUGGCGCGAUCUUGUCAAAUCUCAGUGUCAGGAAGGCCUUGAGAUCAGAAACUGUCCAAUCAAGCAGAGAGGCAUCUAUAGUACCAGGAAAUUCAAUAAAGGCGAUUUCGUGGUAGAAUACAAGGGCGACUUCUUCUACCCCGAAAACAUCGAAGAAAGCUACGCCCAAGAAAGCAAGUACUACGAAGAUCCCGAAACUGGCUCCUACAUGUAUUGGUUCGAAUUCAAGGGCAAGAAAUACUGCAUCGACGCCACGGCAGAGUCGCCUUUCUACGGAAGGCUUUUGAAUCAUUCCUGCAAGACGCCCAAUUGCGCGACGAAGCCUCUGGACAUGCAAGACCCGAUCGACCCAGUGCGCCUCAUCAUCUUCGCGAAAGAAGACAUUCCUGCGGGAACCGAGCUUCUCUACGACUACGGCGAUCGGUCGAAGAAAUCGUUGGAAGUGCAUCCCUGGCUCAAGCUCUAA